CAGUUCCGGUCUUUGUGGGCUUCCGUUCUGGAGAGACUCGUUCAUUUCAUCGCCGACAGCACAAGGAGAAGGUUGUGAGUUAGUAAUCUUUGUUUAAUUUUAAUUUUGGAAAGAGCAUACAUCUAGUCAUGAAUCCUAAAGGUGAAGAGCAAAAGAAGUGCGAAGGUGAUGCCGCUCAGCAGGUCACCUCGUUGCCGGAUCUUUCUUUGGAAGCCGGUAGCGAGCUCUUGGCUGAGCAGCCGAAUCCCACUGCAGCUUCUGCUCUAGGAACUGAGACUUCCGAGGGCAAGAAGCAUUCCGAAGUCAAGGAGUCUGCCGAAGCCAAGGCAGAAUUUAAAACUCCCGGUGAGAAGCAGAAGGCUGAUUCUUCUAAGAAAACUGAAGAAUCGGCCAAGGCAGAAAAGCCCGAAGCUGAAACCGAGAAGAAGAAAAUAGACGCUGGCGGUGAUGGUGAGAAAAUCGAGAAGGGUGGCAACGCUGCUGGGAUAACUGACGACGAGAAGAUCGAGGCUCUGAAGGAGAGUCCACCUUCCGGCAAGAAGGCAACUGGAGAGGCCAAGGCGGAUUCCCCGUCGAAAGGCUCCAAAUCGAAGACUCCGGAGGAGCAGCGUUCUCCCAAUCCGGUGCCGGAUCUGCUAACUAAUUUUAGACCCAAGGCUAAGAUUGCUUCUCAAUUUGCCGACCGAUUCGGCGAGGACUCCCGUCGCCCAUCAGUUACCGAGGACGAGUAUCUUGAAAAAACCCGUUUGAAGGAGGAUGCCAAGUCGCCCGGAGGCGCUUCGCCCGUCAAGAAUUCCGCAUCCAAGCGUGCCGCCACAGAGAGCAUGGACUCUCUACUCGAGCACCUGGAACUGAAGAAGAAAAAGCGUAAGCGGUCGGCCAGUGGAUCUGAGGGCCACGACCACGACCAGGAUACCAACUAAGGCCGCCGCUAGCCGAUCCAGACAACAAGCUCUCCAAAAACCCUUUACAUUUUCGCAUCAAAACGCUUUACAUUGGACGCUGUGCGUCUUCAAAUUUUAAUAACUAAGUUAGAAUUUAAGAAACUCUUCUUUUUCCCUGUGCUGCUGACACGACCAGAACAUGUUUACGGCGGAAAGGAGCAAGUAUUUGAAUAUUUUCGAUCAUAAACAUUUUCUUCUAAAACACUA